AACUAAUUUUUAAGCGGCACCUCAGCUCAGCUAGCUCUCAGCUCAAGGCAGGCGAUUGUACCGGAGAGCCACAGAAUUGUAAAAUCACUGACCUUGACAGCGCCAGGGACUUCAUUGCUCAUUGUGGAUGAAACCUGGCAGAAUAAAACAACCAGUGGAGAGCUGAGGACGUAUGCACGGCAUGGAACAUAAUUACAAGGAGCUUCCUCUAGACGACAAUAUGGAAGGGCCAUCAGAUUUGAAACCAGUUUCUAAUAACAGCGCUACAUCACAGCAUCAUGCUGAAGAAGCAGAUGGUCGUGGUGACGGUGGUGGCAAUUCAUUUCUAGAACCCAGUCAAAGUUCAUUGGAUACUGGGGUAGUUGAUCCAGUCCUGUCCAAUGGACGUCAGUCACAGUAUGAAGCGACAGCUGACAAUGGUGGAACUUACUUUGAUGAAAGAAUACCAAUUCCAGACCAAGAAAAUUACGCCUUCAGUUUCCGUAAGUUAUGGGCGUUCACUGGACCUGGCUUUCUAAUGAGCAUUGCGUAUCUGGAUCCAGGUAACAUCGAGUCUGACCUCCAAUCAGGAUUCAUCGCAAAUUUCAACCUGCUAUGGGUACUGAUGUUUGCCACCCUCCUGGGUCUGCUUCUCCAGCGACUGGCAGCCAGAUUGGGCGUGGUCACUGGAUUGCAUCUCGCGGAGGUGUGUUACCGGGAGUAUCCUAAGUACCCCCGCAUCUUUCUCUGGAUCAUGGUGGAGAUAGCUAUCAUCGGUUCUGACAUGCAGGAAGUCAUUGGAACUGCCAUCGCAUUCUAUCUGCUUUCUAAUGGAAAGUGAGUAUAUGAUCAUG